UUUAAGCUAGCGCCAUGUCAAAAAUGGCCCUGGUUCUUCCGCGCUGCGUCGUUUGACCCCAAGCAAUCUAGAUCCAACCAUCACUCUGCCUUCUUCCGCCCUCAUAAAGUCGUUCGUCAACUCUUACGGGCACAACAAGUGCCGGGGCACAAUCGAAUCAUGCAGCCCUUGUUUUUCUCCCUUCUCCUUGCCACAGUGGUUGCCAGUCUAUCGACGUUCAGCAUUCCGCAGACAGUCUUUGACGACCUCGUCCUGUACACGAAAUACUCGUCUGCCGCUUAUAUGCUGUACUGUCCUCGACCGCUGGGUAACCAUUUGAUUCGGACCUUCGGGUUUUUCAACACGCAUGCUUUUAUUGCCCGAGAUGACGCACGUCAAGAGCUGGUGGUGGUUUACCGUGGUACCGAUAGCAUGAAGGAUGCGUUCACCGAUGCUGAGAUUCUCCUCCUGCCAAUCGAAAAAGACUUGGCUGGAGUCAAGGCGCAUCGUGGAUUUCGCAACGCCCACAACAGCAUUUCCGAGGAUGUACUGGCUACGGUCGCCGCACAACUGCAGAAAUUCCCUAGAUAUAGUUUGGUCGUCACUGGUCAUAGUCUCGGUGGCGCCGUCGCCUCUCUUGCCGCCCCCUUUUUGAAAAGAGGCUUGAACGACACACUCGGUCUCAAACCAAAGAUCAGGCUCUUUACUUUCGGCCAGCCCCGCGUCGGGAAUCCCGAGUUUGUGCAUUAUGUUGAGGAGCACAUUGGCGUUGAGAACAUAUUUCGUGCUGUGCAUAGGUCCGGUAUGGCCCACUUCCAUUACUCUGGACUGCAGACAACUUUCACAGAUUAUAUACCCAAGAUUCCGCGACUCUUCGUCGGUUACCAGCACUUCGCAACAGAAUACUGGCAGUUUGAGACAUGGCCGCCUACGCCUGACGAUGUAACACGUUGCGUCAGUGGCGAAGACCCCUCCUGUAGUGCUUCGACUGGCUCUGGACUUCCUUUCCCCGAUCUGGUUUCCCACGGCCUCUACUUUGGUCAAGUCAUGGUACCACCGAACCCUGGACUCUGCAUCGGAAUUUAG